AUGAGAACUGAUUCCCAAGAAGAACGAAUUGAUAUGAUUUUGAUAAUCGGAACUGUCCCAGUGGUUCCAGCUGGGUGCGCAAGCGGGUACACCGGUCGCAGACGCACGGACCUGCUCCCCACCAUUCCAACUAGAGAUCCAUCUUUCCAUUCGUCUCGAAAAUCACUGAACCACUCACCAGGUAGGGCAUACUCAAUGACUCGUUUAGACCAGCUUGCCAAACCACGCAGGAGACCUGAUUUGCCUUCUCUCGCAGAAGCGAACCCCUUCGAUCCCCGACCCCUAUCCUCCUCCUCCCGUGUGUCCUCGAUCACGCGCAGCAUGAGCCACUUAGCCGUAAGUAAAUCGGGACAGGCGCAGCCGGCUAGAAGGAAUCUGAGUAAGGCCGACAGCCGCAGCUUGCAUCAGCUAGCUGGCGAAGGGGCAUUCGUCGUGCCCCGCACCACACGCACUUCGCAAUUGAGGGAACAGAAACUGCACGCGUCUGCGAACUGCAGCGAGGCAUCAUCUCGGCCUAGCAGUUCCCUGAGUCAACAGAGCACAAACAGUGUAACCAGUUCAGUAAGCGUGCGACAUCGAUUGAAUUCAACCCCACGUAAGCCGAGACCAGCUAGUAUAGCUAUUACGGGAGUAACGCAAGAAAACAAACCGCCUCUUCCAAAAACGAGAAAACCACUCAGCAAAUCCGGUUCGAUUACCGAAAGAGGCCAUCUGAAAAAUAAAGCCAAAUCACCGGUAGAUGGCGUUUCCAAAACAGUGAAGAAUACCUUAGUCCAAAGUACAGCGAGUAAGGGUGAAACACUUCAGAAACCCCCUGACACUGCCCCUGUCAUUCAACAGAAGCCAGUGGAAAAUCAUGCCCCUCCAGUAGAAAACGUACCAGCUCCUAGUGAAAAUUUCAAAGAGUAUGAUAUAGUUGUAGCAGGGAGUAUAGAAGUAAUUAAAGCAGAAGAAACACUUGAAGAAUCAAAAAACUUAGAGAAAUUAGAGAAACUGAGUUUAGAAGACGAAAAGCGGGAUCUUCCUAAAGACAUAAAAGAAGAACCUGUGAGAGACCAAAAAGUUGAGCCUAUUAGGGAAUUGAAACAAGUGGAAAUCAAACAAAAGGUUGUUGAACAACCCAAAACCAACAUUUCUUCCGAAACUUCUAAAGAUUUUAUUGCAGAACAGUCAAAUAACACUGAUAAUACAGAAAAUAAUUCCAAUAACGUCAUGACAGCGUCUAUGAUUAAGGUCCGUAUAAACACAGAGGAAGAAGCCAAAGCUGCUCUAGCUGAAAAACGGCGUUUGAUUAGAGAAGAGACUGAAAGGCAAGCCGAGCUGGAGAGGUUACGUAUCGAAGCUGAAGCCAAAGCCGAGCUAGAGAGACAGCAAAUGGAAGAAGAACAAGUGAGGCAACUGAUUGAGUUGCGUAGGCAAGCAGAGCAAGAAAGACUACAAGAG